CGUCCACUGACAUUUGAGAGCAGUGACUGGCAGCUCUGUCAUAAAAGAAAAGAUUUUCAUUCCUAUUACUCCUACUUCCGAAUUAUGGAAAAUAAAACGAAUCAAAAAACCAAGUACAAGCUUGGCGAGAGGAAAUUGGAUGUUCUAAAUGAUUUGAACUUUGUUCGCAAUGUUCUCCAGGACUUCGACGUGGAUUCCGAGCCCCAAACUCGAGGAGUUCUUCUUGACUUGGCGUACACUUUAGCCAGGGAUCAACUGGUUGAGGCCUCACGAUAUGCCAAGCUGGAAAAUCGCUCGAAUGUGACUAUUGAGGACAUCAACAAGGCAAAGCAGGUGCCUGUAGAGAAGGUGGUCGAACCUCAUCCACCAGUCGAAAGUACCGAGCCGGAAGUUGUGCCUAAGGUCUUUACCCGGCGUAAGUCGACUGGGAAAAAGAAGACCAGACCGACUCCUAACCCCGAUUCGUCGUCCUGAACCCAUCUGUGAUGAGCAGAGGUGUCACCAAUUGUGGGCCCAUGGCGCGAGGAAUACCACUUUUGAAUAUGACGGCGCCUUAUCCUGUCGCAGUGCUGCUUCUUGAUCCUUCGCCCUCUAAAAAACCGCGUGUCUAUAUAGCUAAUCCCCAAAUGAUGAAAG